AUGGCCCGCCAAAUGAAGUUGCAUAGUAGUGAAGAAACAGAGCGGGUGAUUGACGAGAGGUCGCCGCUGUUGUCGAAUACUCGACGGGGGUCGAGUUCGUCAGGUGAGAGCUCCUUGACUUCUUCGUCGUCUAGCGGAGACUCGGACGGCCAAUUCCUUCCAUGGCAUCUCACACGGGCCUCAGAAGUCGUCGAUUCGAGCGUCGACGUCGAACGAGUAGCACCCGGCGUCGCCGCCGCGGAUGAUACAAAGCCGCAAGCAAAAGGAACCUCGACUUGGGCAGUCAUCAAGAUCGUAUCGAUAUUGCUAGUGGGGACUUUUACCGCCAAUGCCGAUGGUUCCCUGGUCAUGGCGACGCAUCCGACAAUUGCUUCCGAGUUUGACGAUCUUGAGAAUUCGAGCUGGCUCUUUGUUUCAUUUGCACUUGCGGGUGCGGCAACUCAGACUUUGUACGGCAAGCUCAGUGACAUUUAUGGACGUCGCGCCCUUCUCAUGGUGGCUUAUACCCUGUUUUCCAUUGGAUGUGCACUAGUAGGCGUUGGCCACACAAUGUGGCAGGUUGUCCUUGGUCGUGUGAUUUCAGGAUCUGGUGGUUCGGCAUUGAACGUUCUUGGCCUUCUCUUGGUUACAGAUCUUGUCCCGCUCCGCGACGUGGCUGCUUGGCAAGCAGGUAUUAACCUGGCCGCAACAGUAGGACGAAGUCUCGGGGGACCUGUCGGAGGUUGGUUGGCCGACACCAUUGGAUGGCGAUGGUCUUUCCUCGGCCAGGCGCCCAUCUUCCUAGUUGCAGUCUUGUUGUGCUGGUUCUUCUUGCCGAGAGGCAAGCAGGUCGGGAAGGGACAGGACGCGGAAGCAAACGGCAAGCCCGUAGACGUCAAGAAGAGCUCCUUGGCGAGGAUCGACUUCCUAGGUGCUGCUUUGUUGGCACUCUUUAUCCUGACUUUCCUCCUGCCGAUUGAGGUUGGAGGCACCAAGAUCCCAUGGAACCACCCAGUCAUAUUCAUUCUGUUUGGCAUAGCAGCUGUCUUUGGUGGUCUCUUUGCCGCCGUCGAGGAGUGGUGGGCCAAGGAGCCAAUCUUCCCAUUGGAGCUUCUGAAGCAUCGCGACAUUGUCCUGACGUACGUUAUCAGCGGCGGACAGGUCGCAGCCCAACUCGGUCUCAUGUUCUCGGUCCCGCUCUAUUUCCAGGUGACACAGCGUGUGUCCAACACCGUUGCCGGAAUCCAUCUCUUCCCCGCUGUUUUUGGAAACGCAAUCGGCGGUGUCCUCGCUGGAUAUCUGAUUAGGAGAACUGGACGCUAUAAAUCUCUGCUAAUCAUUGCGACAAUUGCAUCAAUGUUCUCCUACGUACUUCUACUAUUCCGAUGGCACGGGAACACGAAUGCUUGGGAGUCGCUUUACAUCGUGCCUGGUGGCUUCGGGGCUGGCCUCGUGCAGUCGGCGGGAUUCAUCAGUAUCCAAGCAGCGGUCAACCCCAAGCACAAGGCUGCAGUGACGUCGGGAAUGUUCUUAACAUUCCAAAUCGGCAUGAUUCUUGGCCUUUCGUGUGUUAGUGCCGUUAUGAUGGAGACAAUGAGAUGGCGGCUAGACGCAUCGCUGAAGGGCAUGGACCUCAGCGAAGUGGUGCGGAAGAAGAUUAUUGCAAAAGCUACGUCAAGCGUCGACUACAUCGAUCAUGCCGACAGCAAGAUUUCAGCAGCCAUAGUGCAGGCGUACGUCGAGGGCUUGGGUUUCAGCCACGGCUUCUCGCUCCUCUCAUCAGCGCUGGCAUUAAUCGCGGCGGUUUUUGUAAGGGAGCAUAAGUUGUGA